UGUUUAUCAUGGCAACAAAUCGUAACUUUGCUUGACACUUGACAGUUUUUAAAAGAUUCGAUAGAAAGUUGGUAUGGAAAAAUAGUGAGAAAUUCUAAAUGUCAUACAUGUCGCGAUGUUUUCAUCCCAAAAAGAAACCGUUGAGCAUGUGGAAAAAUCAGAACGCCCCUUCCAAUACGGAAUGCCGGGAACUGUUUCAGAACCUUACAACCAUAAUCUACCAUCUAAAGAUGGACGUAAGAAAUUAGCCGGAGUUGCGCAGUGCCCAAUUUAUAUCCACGAUUUCAAGCAAAAUACGCGAGGCGCUUCAAAUAGCUACACGGAAAAUGACUGGAAGACAGGAAGUGAAAUUCAUCAAAGCAGAUACAGGCACGAAUGCAACGAUGUUAAUACCAAACGAUGCAUGCAUGGACACUCAUCGAAAAAUUGCACGCACAGACUUGGCAAAGUACACUACGGAGCGAAAGUCGACAAAUCAUUCCUUUUUAAACUGGAGCACAAAGCCGUAGCUGAUAAACUGGAAGAAACUUACUGGGCCCAAUGGAAACCGAACAAAUCUCCUUCUUCACCCAAAACAAAAGGAUUGUACACCGAAAACGAAAAGGUAUGCUUCCCUGACGAUGAUGACGUUAGCGAAAAUAAGGAAAGAGGGGAUUCCAGCGAGGCCAUCGUAGCAACUCCACUUUCCGAAGUGGAAAGCGUCCCGAGCGGAAGCACCAUGGAAGUUACCGAGGAAAAACAGAACCCCGAAUUGCAAAUUGAACCGGUCAUCGAAAUGGACACGAUCUCUUUAUCGCCACGUUCAAAUUCGGCCACCGAAGUACCGACAAUCAAACACACGGACUCCCUAAUACUGAUCGCCAGAAAGCAAAGCGUCGAGAAACCUCAUUAUCAGCAGCCGAAGUGCAUCAAGCUAUUUAAAAAUGCCGGCUACGUGUCUACGGCGUCUAUCAAUUACAUUAAAGGAGGAAGUUACCCAUUGAAGUCGUGCUUGCGAAAGGAGAGUGCCAGUUUUAAGACGUCGUCCGCGUUGGGGGUUAGAAGCUCGCUUAGUCGCAGGCCACCAGCGGGAAAGGCCGGCAGAUUUCUACACUAAUUCUAUGCCUACGGUUGAUUCUUGUCAUGAAUAAAUUUUUCUUGGUCA